UACUUUAGAUCUACUUCUGAGCUGAGCCUUGAGAUAAUUACUCAAAUAAGAAGUGAUGGAGAAUGAAAUCGAAGGUGAACAGAAAGUUACCUUGGAUUUCAAAGAAGAAGUAAUAGAUAGAGAGUAUGUGGAACAAGAUGAAUCAUCCCAAGACCAGAUCAAAAGAGGUAUUAUACACAUCAAGCAAGAAAUUUUAGAGGGGGAUGAUAUUGAGGCAACUCUGCAAAAAGAUCAAUACAAACCACCCAAUUCUUUUGACACAGAGAAUGAACACAAGAUACCAAUCGACCAUGCAUCAGCAGACGAGAAACCAAUCCUAUCAAUUGUCAAAGAAGAACCCUCAGAACCCAUUGAUAGCCAUCAUCCAAAUUCUGAUCAACCAAUUCCAUACUGGAACAAUCCAUUGAGAUUUGCUGCCAUCGCUCAAUUCGCUACACUCAUUGGUAAACAGAGGACUGAGGAAGAGGUAUCCUGUUGCUCCACUUGCAGGAGGGGAUUCCCUUCUAAAGGUUCCCUCUUUGAACACCUAAGACUCCACACCAAUGAGAAUGAGCAUGAGUACUUUGUAGACAAUAGAAAGUUCUACCAUAGGGCUGUUUCCAAGAAACAUCCACAUAAAGGCAAACGAAAGAAGCCAUCAUGUUCUAAUCCGAGUUCCAAGAGCAAGAAAGUGUUGACUCCUACUUCGUAUCCACAUAGUCAUGGAAAAAAUAGAGCAGUUACUGCAGAACGUCUUUCCUCGAAUACCAAGGGUGAGGGAGGGUCGAGUUCUACAAAAGGAAAAAACCGUCAACGUUAUAGAUGUCAUAUAUGUAGGGAGCUCUUGACUAGUAUGUUCAGCCUUCGUCAACAUUUGAAAAAGCAUGAUCCGCCCAAAGCACCAAAGCGAAAGAGCCCCGCAAAAACUGAAAUUAGUCUCAAAUGCCCAAAGUGCCCCAGUUCUUUUAUGAGUAAGAGUAGUUUGCUGCAGCAUGUGGCCGUCAUUCAUGCUGGGACCAAGUACCAUAAGUGUUCUCAAUGCGAAGACGGAUUCUGGAAAGAAAAUCAGUUGCUAGAACAUAUAAAUGAUAGCCACAAGAAGAAGGAGUGGCAGUGUAGUACAUGUGAUAAGACAUACGAAUCGCAAAUUGCAUUCAAUAUCCAUAUAAGAACCCACGCUAAAGUGAAGCAGUAUGAUUGUCUCGUUUGCUAUCGAGCGUUCAUUCACAAGCAUUCCCUUGAUAAACACAUGAAAACGCACCAAAAGCUUAAAUGCGCCGAGUGUGGGAAGGAAUUUCUCUUCCAGCAGAACCUGGAGAAGCAUAUGCGAACACAUACUAGAGAAAAGCCAUUCAAGUGUUCGGAAUGUAAAAAGAAUUUCAUGUUUGAAACCAGUCUCAAGAAUCAUAUGAAAAGGCACGCCACUCCUCACCACUCUGCUAAAUCUUUGAAGUGUACGGUAUGUCAGAAGGAAUUCAUGUACGAAAACAAUCUAACGAAUCACAUGCAAAGUCACGCUCCCCUUCACGGCUGUCCUAAAUGCGAGAAAAGCUUCUAUUUCAAGGACAACCUCGAAAAGCAUCUCCGAAAACACUCUCCCCCGGAGCCAUUCCACUGUUCUUCUUGUAAAGAGUCGUUCAAAACAAAGUCAGCACUGAAGAUCCAUAGAACAACUGAACACCCCACGGAAGGCUCUCUUCAGUGCAUUAAGUGUAAGAAGUCAUUCAGGUACAAAAAAAGUUACAAUAAGCACAUGAAAUCACACAGAGAUAAAACCCAUAUAAAUGCGCCAUAUGCAAGUAUAUAUUCCCAUCUACACACUCCCUCGCCAUCCAUGUAAGAAAACACACAGACACAGCAGUGGUGCAUAAAUGCAGGUAUUGUGAAAUGACAUUCAAAUUCAGGUCGUUCCUUACCAAGCAUAUCGUUAGUAAACACGAUGGGAUUAAUCUCCAUAAAUGCUCUCAAUGUCAUAUGAGGUAUAUCACACAAACAGAGCUAUUCAGACAUGAAAAGAAGCACAGCUCAGGAGAAAAUACUAUUUCUGUUCAAGUGUGACCAGGUUCAACUUGGCUUACAGGCCAAGUACAACUGGGGCCCGUUUCAUAAAGGACUUGCAACUGUUGUAACUUUGCCAUAAUGGCAACUACCAUGGCAACAGGGCUCAGCAGCGAAUCAGAAUCAAGGUUACCAUGGUAGUUGCCAUAAUGGGAAAGUAACAACAUUUGCAAGUCCUUAAUGAAACAGGCUCCUGAACAAGAAGUUGAUUUGAAAUCUGACAAGCAUAACACUGAAAAUGUCAUUUAUAUUUGAUAUAUAACGAUAAUGUUCCAAAGAAAUAUUGUAAAUUUUGCUACAAAAAUGGAAAUUUUGUUCAGAAUGAAAUAUUUUUUUCUCUGCUCAAACUCCGCUUAUUAAUCAUCAUAGUAAAAGGCCAGGUACACCUGGGGUCCGUUGCAAAAAGAGUUGCGAUCAAACGCAACAAAAAAAAUCUUGUGCAACUUGAUUUUCAGCCAAUAAGGCACCCUUAUUUGGGACUUGUGCUUAUUAUUUUGAGGUGUAAACGCAACUCUUUCUGCAACAGGGCCCCCAACAAGAAGUUUAUUUGAAUUGGUGAAUGUUUAGCAAAUCUAAAAAAACACUGAAAUGUCAUUAAUAUUUGAUAUCAGAUAAGAAUAUUAUGGGUUUUUUAUGUUCCAAACUCCAAAGAAAUAUUCUUCAUUUUGCUACAAAAUGGAAAUUGUGUUUUAUAUGGAUUUGCAUUUCUUAAAAAUUGGUUAAUUUUUUUUUUUUUGACCUUCUACCCAUAGAGCAAGA